UAGACACUUCUCCCGAAGCUUUUUCACUUUCUCUGCUCUCUUCUUGACUAGAUCCAGGUUGGCCCUUGCUGCCUUUCCCAUUCAUUUCUAUAAGCUUGAAGCUUCAUUCAGGUGAAAGCUUUCUGCAUUUUAUUUCAUUCCUCAGCUUAGCUUAACUGAGAAACCUUCAUGUUGUUUCUUGUUUCUUUCCUCUCCUUGGUCAGUGUGUUCAAGAUUCGUUUCUGUUUUUCGUUGUGGUGAAAUAAGAUUUCAUUCCAUCUGAGAGGUCUAUUAGAACUAGUCAAGAGCAUCGCCUUGUAUCUUCUGUUUCUUAUCCAUUGGCUUAUUCAUAAUACAAGGGUUGAUCUUUCGGCUACUUUGUUGCCCCUUAAAUGUCAAUCGAUUACACGUCUUGUGCUAACGGAGAAAAAGGGCAUGCGUGCAUUCUCUGCUGGAUUUUAUGUGUUCUCCCCACCAUCCCUUCCUGCCCCUUCUUGUUAUUGAGCUUCUGCAGAGAUCCUAUUCUUUUAUUCUCUUUAGGCUUUUCACUUUUGAGACAAGAAUUAUCUGCUGGAUGAAAAUUCUGAUGUGACAUUAUGAGACAUAUAAAUCCUUUUUGUUUGACGCCAUAGCUGUAACUUUACUAAGCUGACAGAAAGUAUCCUGCUACAUACAAAAUGAUGUCUAACAUUUGAUGUAUUGGCAUUGAACAUAAUGGAAGAAAUACAAUCUCAAUCGGAUCAUUAUAGAUCUUCAUCUUCAUCAGUGAGUAGCCCAGCAAGUAGGGUUCCAUCAAGUAACUUCUUCUACCUGCGUAAACCUGGUUCACUCAGACAACCAAUCUCGUUUGAGGAUUCACCUGAGUGGGAUGAUACUGAUACUGAUGUUAGGGUCGAAGAAGGAGGUGAUUCUAUUAAUGUUGCUAUGACACCGGCUUCCCCUUCUCUUUCAAAGUUCAACAGUGAGUCCUUGCCAUCCCCAUAUCUACCAGGGGGUCCAGCAGUUCCACGAAAAGCUGCAGGAGCUUCCAUUGUGUGGAAGGACUUGACUGUUGCAAUAAAGGGAAAAAGGAAGUACUCUGAUAAGGUUGUUAAGAGUUCAACUGGCUAUGCCUCACCUGGGACAAUGACGGUAAUCAUGGGUCCCGCUAAAUCAGGGAAAUCUACACUAUUACGGGCUAUUGCAGGAAGAUUGCAUCCUUCGGCUAGGAUUUAUGGUGAAGUAUUUGUGAAUGGAGUAAAAUCAGACAUGCCUUAUGGAUCAUAUGGUUAUGUGGAGAGAGUAACUACUCUAAUUGGGGCCCUCACUGUGCGAGAAUUUCUAUACUAUUCAGCCCUGCUUCAACUUCCUGGUUUCUUUUGUCAGAAAAAGAAUGUGGUAGAGGAUGCCAUUCAUGCAAUGUCUUUGGGUGAUUAUGCUAAUAAACUUAUUGGUGGACAUUGCUACAUGAAGGGCCUUGCUAGUGGGGAGAGGAAGCGUAUUAGCAUUGCCAGGGAGCUGGUCAUGAAACCACAUAUCUUAUUUAUAGAUGAGCCCCUUUAUCAUCUAGACAGUGUCUCAGCACUUCUGAUGAUGGUUACAUUGAAGAAACUUGCAAGCACUGGUUAUACUCUUAUUUUCACCAUCUAUCAGAGUAGCACAGAAGUCUUUGGCCUUUUUGAUCGAAUCUGUCUACUUUCAAAUGGAAAUACACUGUUCUUUGGAGAGACAUUGGCUUGUCUGCAGCACUUCUCAAAUGCCGGAUUUCCUUGCCCUAUCAUGCAAAGUCCUUCUGAUCACUUUCUCCGUGCAAUUAAUACAGAUUUUGACAGGAUAAUUGCAAUGUGCAAAAACUUCCAGGAUGACAAUGGUGAUUUUUCUUCUGUAAACAUGGACACUGCUGUUGCUAUACGUACACUUGAAGCAACUUAUAAAUCAUCUGCAGAUGCAGCUGCUGUUGAAACUAUGACUUUGAAACUUACUGAGAAGGAAGGUCCAGCUCUCAAAAGCAAAGGCAAAGCUAAUCAUGCUACUCGAAUUGCUGUUUUGACAUGGAGAUCAUUAUUAGUCAUGUCAAGGGAGUUGAAAUAUUAUUGGCUUCGACUUAUUCUUUAUAUGCUUCUCACACUCUGUGUUGGGACUGUGUUUUCUGGUUUGGGCCAUUCUCUGUCCUCAGUUGCGACUAGGGUUGCAGCAAUUUUUGUAUUUGUAUCAUUUGGCUCCCUUCUAAGCAUCGCUGGCGUGCCUGCACUUCUGAAAGAAAUCAAGGUAUAUGCCUGUGAAGAAUCAAACCAGCACUCUGGUGCAUUACCAUUUUUACUGGGGCAACUCCUCUCCAGCAUCCCUUUCCUGUUUCUCAUCUCUAUUUCAUCAAGCCUCGUAUUCUAUUUCCUAAUAGGGCUGCGAGAUGAGUUCAGCUUGUUGAUGUAUUUUGUGCUGAAUUUCUUCAUGUGUCUGUUAGUGAAUGAAGGACUUGUGCUAGUCAUUGCUUCUCUAUGGCAAGAUGCCUUCUGGAGUGUUUUGACCCUGCUGUGCAUACACGUGGUCAUGGUGCUGUCUGCUGGCUAUUUUAGAAUUCGAAAUGCUUUGCCUGGACCAGUGUGGAUGUAUCCAAUAUCCUAUAUAGCCUUUCACACGUACUCUAUUCAGGGUCUAUUGGAGAAUGAGUACCUGGGGAUGUUUUUUGCAGUUGGGCAGGUAAGGAGCAUAUCUGGGUUUCAAGCUCUCCAAAGUGCGUAUAACAUCUCCCCCGACAAUAACUCCAAGUGGGAGAAUUUACUGGUUUUGUUUAUCAUGGCAGUUGGUUAUCGUAUUUUCGUGUUUGUUUUAUUACGUUUUUGCGUAGGGAGAAAAACAUCCCUCCUUAAAAGUUUUCCAUGUAAUCGGGAUACAACAGACACAAGAUGAGUUAUAGUGCUGUAAAGCAUGUUCCGUUUUUUUACAUUAUAUAAUUCCUCUUCAUCUA